GCCAGUUUGGCGCGAUGGUAAGUCUUCCAGACGAAUGCUUGCUCCACGUGUUUUGUUACCUAAAGUCUAGACAUCUCAAGUGUUGCACUCAAGUUUGUCGUCUUUGGCAUCGUGUUGGACGUGACAACACGCUCUGGAAGAGUUUGAGUGUGAAACGAUGGGGAGUGAUAGUUUGUCAAUAUGAUGCUGACAACUGGUUCUUAUAUUACAAGAAAAGAAGCUCAUCGUUUCUACACUUUUCUCCAUCUCCAAUGCAUCUAAUUCAAGAGGACUACCAUCAUGAUCCAUGGAAGCUUCUCAUCUGCUGCAUUCUCUGUUCUCGAACAUCAACCCCACAGAAAUUUGAUGUCAUUUGUGAGUUUUUCUCAAUGUGGCCAACACCAUCUGACGUGAUCACAGGAGAUCCUUGUGUUAUGAAAGAUUUUAUUUCUGUUCUGGGAUUACAAGACCUCCGUGUUUCAUCUUCACAAGAGUGUUGUCGAGGUUUCCUUCUAACCAAUUGGAUGGAACCCAUUGAACUGAAAGGGAUUGGAGAGUUUGGCAAUGAUUCAUGGCGUCUUUUCUGUGGCUGGCCAGAAGGCCCUCACUGGACACUCCUCAAAAUCUCAGACAGAACAUGUGCUGGGUACCACAAAUGGCUUGUCAACUACCACAAAAAACAGGAAGAAACACAGACAACAGAUAUCAAAAAUGCAAGACAACAGAGCAGUGGCUCUUCAAGUCUCAAUGAAACAGAGAGCCCAGUUGACCAACUAACACGUGUAGCCAAGACACGAACACAAAGUAACAGCAGAAAAAUACAGAAGAAACGUGGCAGCCCCACACUCAUCCGUAGAAGUCAACGACUUCAAAAACAACAAAACCUAACUCCGAAAAUCUCAACUCAAUGCAAGAUGAAAGGAAAGAGAAACGGUGAUGUUAUCUCUGACCGUAAAAGAACAGCUGGUACGACGCUGAGAGCAUUCCUGUCACUGUCUACAUAAGGAAUGAGCACACUCAUUUAUAUAAUCACCUC